CUGUUGCGGCGAAAUCGAAAUUAUCAUCGGACAUUUGCAUUUUGCUUUGCUAAAAUAGAAAAGGACGAAAAAAGGCGAGUAGAAAUUCAUUUCAUAAGUAUAGACCAUUGUUGUUAAAUAUAACCAUGAAUAGACGAGAGCCAGAUUACCCCGUAGAGUUAGAAUCUCAAUUUAUAAUGAGGUUACCAACCGAGCCAGCUAAAGCCCUUCGUGAGCUUUUAAAAUCCGGGGAUAAUUUUAAAAACAGACUUACUAUUCAAUUUGAAAACGAUAUGAGGCAUGGCGAAGUACGCUUCGAUCACUGGCUGCUUCAUGCAAAGAUCGUUGACUUGCCCACUAUAAUCGAAUCGUUAAAAACCAUUGAUAGAAAGAGUGUUUACAAAACUGCGGAUAUAUGUCAAAUGAUGAUAUGCAAAGAAGAAUUAGACCCUGUACCUGCGGAGGACGAGUCGCCAAAAAAGAAGAAAGAUCCUCUUAAAGUUGAUAAGAAAUAUCUUCAUCCUCACGGCAUCACACCACCGACCAAAAACAUAAGAAAGAGGCGUUUCCGGAAGACUUUGCGCAAGAAGUGCAUGGAGGCCCCUGAAAUAGAAAAAGAAGUAAAGAGACUGCUGCGCGCUGAUAAUGAAGCUGUGAGUGUCACAUGGGAGGUGAUCCAAGAGGAAGAUGAGGUUAAACAUGAGCCUAGCCCAUCAACAUCAACUAAACCAGACAAAACUAAACCAAAGAAGGAACAAAACAUUAAACGAGAUUUGGUGGAGAGCUCAUCGAAGGUUGAGGACAUAUUUGGUGGUGCCGUCAGUGACAGCGAUGCGGAAGAUGAUAAUGUAAAUGUUGAUGUCGAUGACAGGUUGUCCUCGUAUGAUGAUCAUUUCUCGGACACCAACUCUAUUUACGGUGCCAGUGACUUUAAAGGAGGAAACCUAGCUACUCAAUUUAAACCUGAAAUGUUUAGCUCCACACAAGGAAUUGAGCCACAACCCUCAUCAAGCCACCAAAUGGACAUGGAAAUGAGCGGUCAGGAGCAAUUCUCCGUAGAUGACUUCUUGCAGUCAGAAGACAAGAGCGGUGUAACUUACAAGCUGCAGCAGAUCAGCGCCGAGCUUGAAGAACUGAAGCAGCGCCGCCAGCGCACCCAGCAUGAGAUAGCUGGACUGGAGAACCAGACCCUUCGGCAAAGGUUCCAAGACAUCCUACAGACCCUCAACCAAGAUAUCAUGUACAAGGAAUUGGAAUACCAAAACCUGCAGAGGCAAAAAUAAUUAUAGUAAGAAAGUAAAAGUGAGAUAAGAAAAACUUUGUACUGUAAAGGUAUUUAUUCUUCAUGCAUUUAAUAUACUUAAUGAACUGGUAGCUGUUGAUGAAAUUAUUAAAAUGUAAUAAUUAAUAAAUUAAAUAAUAAAUAAUUUUAUAUGA